CAAUGCUGCCUUUGACCAAUGCGCACCCUUGGCGUUGAUGGUGUGAGUUCCCCCUCCCUGGCUACCAGAUAUUUCCAGGGCCCUGGCCUCAGCUUUCCAGUGAAGGCUGCCUGGAAGACUCUGGUGAAGGAGUCCGACAAGCACCUUUCGAGACGGGGUCCUGGAUAGAUUCUUAGAAGCCCGGCCUGGCGCUAUCUCUGUGCUAAUAUCCAGGCAGCGGCGGCAAACCAACUUCCCAGGAAAGGAUACUGCGCAGUUAUUUUUUAAGUGUAAAUACACACACCGCCACCACUACCAACAACAACCCCGCGCAACAACCAAAACAAGUGCGGUGCUGCAAAGGGAUUCCCAGAACCGGUUUCCUCUUGGUGUGAGGCCCACCUCAAGCCCCCUUAUUUAAAUGCAGGCCCCGCCGCCUCGGAAGAACCGAGCGUGUAUUUGCAUAAGGGGGCACUUGAAACGAUGAGGGUGGUAUGCAAAUAAGGAGUGGCUCCGAUUGGCUGUGGUACAGCAGGUGCCGCGUCCGGAUUGAUCAAAGUCAGGUGGGCGGGGCUGUCGCCCAGGGUGACUCUCCCGGGAGGCGCGUGCCCAGGCUCAGUAGCAUUGGGGCUGGCGCGCGCGGCGAAUCUUAACGCUGCGCCGUCUGCGGGCGCUUCCGGACCACCAGUUUCUCUGCCUUCCACCCUGGCGCCCCCCAGCCCUGGCUCCCCAGCUGCGCUGCCCCGGGCGUCCACGCCCUGCGGGCUUAGCGGGUUCAGUGGACUCAAUCUGCGCAGCGCCACCUCCAUGUUGACUAAGCCUCUGCAGGGGCCUCCUGCGCCCCCCGUGACCCCCACGCCGCCGCCAGGAGGCAAGGAUCGGGAAGCGUUUGAGGCCGAGUACCGACUCGGCCCCCUCCUGGGUAAGGGGGGCUUUGGCACCGUCUUCGCAGGACACCGCCUCACAGAUCGACUCCAGGUGGCCAUCAAAGUGAUUCCCCGGAAUCGUGUGCUGGGCUGGUCCCCCUUGUCAGACUCAGUCACAUGCCCACUCGAAGUGGCACUGCUAUGGAAAGUGGGUGCAGGCGGUGGGCACCCUGGCGUGAUCCGCCUGCUUGACUGGUUUGAGACACAAGAGGGCUUCAUGCUGGUCCUCGAGCGGCCUUUGCCUGCCCAGGAUCUCUUUGACUAUAUCACAGAGAAGGGCCCGCUGGGUGAAGGCCCAAGCCGCUGCUUCUUUGGUCAAGUAGUGGCAGCCAUCCAGCAUUGCCAUGCCCGUGGAGUUGUCCAUCGUGACAUCAAGGAUGAGAACAUCCUGAUAGACCUACGCCGUGGCUGUGCCAAACUCAUUGAUUUUGGUUCUGGUGCCCUGCUUCAUGAUGAACCCUACACUGACUUUGAUGGGACAAGGGUGUACAGUCCCCCAGAGUGGAUCUCUCGACACCAGUACCAUGCACUCCCGGCCACUGUCUGGUCACUGGGUAUCCUCCUCUAUGACAUGGUGUGUGGGGACAUUCCCUUCGAGAGGGACCAGGAGAUUCUGGAAGCUGAGCUCCACUUCCCUGCCCAUGUCUCCCCAGACUGCUGUGCCCUAAUCCGCCGGUGCCUGGCCCCCAAACCUUCUUCCCGACCCUCACUGGAGGAGAUCCUGCUGGACCCCUGGAUGCAAACACCAGCCGAGGAUGCACCCCUCACCCCCCCGAAAGGAGGCCCCGCUCCUUUGGCCUGGUCCUUGCUACCCUAAGCCUGGCCUGGUCUGGCCCCCAGUGGUCGGAAGAGCCAUCCCAUGGCCAUGUCACAGGGAUAGACGGACAUUUGUUGACUUGGUUUUACAGGUCAUUACCGGUUAUUAAAGUCCAGUAUUACUAAGGUAAGGGAUUGAGGAUCAGGGGUUAGAAGACAUAAACCAAGUCUGCCCAGUUCCCUUCCCAAUCCUACAAAGGAGCCUUCCUCCCAGAACCUGUGGUCCCUGAUUCUGGAGGGGGAAGUUCUUGCUUCUCAUUUUGCUAAGGAAGUUUAUUUCAGUGAAGUUGUUCCCAUUCUGAGCCCCAGGACUCUUAUUCUGAUGACGUGUCACCCCCACAUUGGCACCUCCUACUACCACCACACAAACUUAGUUUAUAUGCUCUUACUUGGGCAAGGGUGCUUUCCUUCCAAUACCCCAAUUGCUUUUAUUUUAGUAAAGGGACCCUUUCCCCUAGCCUAGGGUCCCAUAUUGGGUCAAGCUGCUUACCUGCCUCAGCCCAGGAGUCCUUAUUCUGGGGGAGGUAAUGCCCUGCUGUUACCCAAGGCUUAUUUGUUUUCCUUUUUUUUUUUUUUGGGGUGAGGGGACCCUACUCUGUUAUCCCAAGUGCUCUUAUUCUGGUGAGAAGAACCUUACUUCCAUAAUUUGGGAAGGAAUGGAAGAUGGACACCACCAGACACCACCAGACACUAGGAUGGGAUGGAUGGUUUUUUGGGGGAUGGGCUAGGGGAAAUAAGGCUUGCUGUUUGUUCUCCUGGGGCGCCCCCCUCCAACUUUUGCAGAUUCUUGCAACCUCCUCCUGAGCCAGGAUUGUCCAGUUGCUAAAAUGUAAAUAAUCACGUAUUGUGGGGAGGGGAGUUCCAAGUGUGACCUCCUCUCUUCUCCCCCUGCCUGGAUUAUUUAAAAAGCCAUGUGUGGAAACCCACUAUUUAAUAAAAGUAAUAGAAUCAGAA